AUGAACAAUUCAGAUCAGAGAAUUUGGCACAAUAGCAACCCCGAUACUCUUUCUUUGAAGGAAAGUUAUUUCUUUAAAAACAGAAUCACUGACAGGCUGUCUUGGGCGAAUCAUAUCUUGUCAGUGGACACACCCCCUUCGAAAUUGUUGGUUGUUUGGAGGCUUAUGCACGACAAACUCCCGACAGACGAUCAACUUCAGAGGUUCACCAUUCCAAUUCAUCCUCCUAGAGCUCUUACUCUUACACAAGUGAUUUGGUGUUCUCCUUCUAGAGAUUGUAUAAAGUGUAAUGUGGAUGGUGCUCACUCUUCCAACUUAUUUGCUGAAUUCAGUGGUGUUCUCAGAGCUUUAGUGAGUGCUAAUGCGAAGGGUUGGUAG